AUGGACAUUGAGAAGGAACAAGAGGCCUUUGCUCUUGAACACGAGCAAGAUCAAAGGAGAGUUAAUAGCCGAUUAGGCUCUGUCAAACCUCUGCCUGCAAUAUCUGCUCAACGGCCCCUGGAAUUCAAAACAGAAUACCACCCUUCUGCUGAUUGCGAGCCUCUCCAUCAAGCAUUCAAUGAAUUUGGCAUUAACACCCAUCCUGAAGAACAGCUUCCCAUUAAUGAAGAGCCUUGGCGUCCUUUCGUUUCACAUGGCAAUUUUGAGUUCGCUGAAAUCGCACUGGAUGCUGCACUCAACAAGUCCCAGAUCAAUGGGCUCCUUGCUCUCAUUAGUUGCAUCUCGAGAGGGGAGACCCAGAUGAUGCUCAAGAAUGAUGCUGAUCUCUGCAAGGCUUGGGAACAUGUGACUGAUCAGGUGACACCGUUUACAAAACACACCAUCACUACCCACGCACUCCCUCUUUGGGAGUGGGCUCUCGAUUUACCAGAUACCCCAGUGCUCGCUCCGCAUUUUGUGUGGGAUGCACAAUGUGUGUACAAGCAUAAUGGAACAGAGUUUGAGCGUUUCUACAAUGAGCCCUGGACAGCGGCCCCAUUUUGUUUCAUCUUGUAUGCAGACAAAACGAGACUGUCAUCCCAUGGCACAGUCAAGGCAUAUCCUGUCGUAGUGCGAUGUGUGAACUUGCCGGUAGCCAUACAGAACAGUGAUGGCAUCAGUGGUGGUCGUGUUGUAGGGUGGUUGCCCAUCGUCUCUAAAGAUGCAGAUGAGGAAGGCAAACCGGGGUUUGUAAACUUCAAGCAUGUUGUAUGGCACAAGUCAUUCCAGAAACUCUUGGAAAUAGUUGCGCAUUACUCGAAGACUGGUUAUUCACAUCAAUGCUUUGAUAAGAUUACACACUGGCUUUUUCCCAUUCUGCUGAUCCUUUCUGCUGAUUAUAAAGAGCAAUGUAUGAUGUCACUUAUCCGCAGUCAAAAUUGCAAAUGUUCUUGCCCUGUGUGCAUCAUGCCACUUGAGGAGCUUCACGAUCUGUCCAAGACAUUUGCGCUCAGAUCAAUGCAAGAUGUGAUCAAAGCACUCAACAUUUACAAGAUCAGCAAAGGUUGGGGUGAAGCACUACUCAAGAAUAUCUUCUGGCUCAUUGCCUACUCCAACCCUCACGAAGCCAUUAGCUUUGACCGCCUACAUGCCCUUUAUCUGGGCAUCGAUGGCAACAAGAUGCAAGACCUAUCUAAAGUUGCAUUGAACAUAUUGACCCACAGGGCUAGCCCAGAAGGGUUUCAGCUCCUUUGUCUCAUCGGUAGCUAUCUGCAAUUGGAUAGCAACAUUGGUCUCAAUGUGCAUACAACAAGCACACUGGCAGCGCUCGAUGCCAAACUACUUGUUUUCAAUGCUGCGCUUAAGGACUAUGUUGAAUGCGCUUUGAUGUCCCCGAUCGAGGAUCUAAAAUUCAAUUGGGACUUUCUGAAAACACACCUUUGGAAGCAUGUGACCCGAGACAUCCAAAUGAAGGGCGCAGUGUGCAAUUACAGCACAUAUCUGAAUGAAAAGCCUCAUGGCACGCUGAAAGAGGCCUAUGAGCGCCAGUCAAAUGGUAAGAAUGUCACUGACCAGAUACCGCAUAUCAACCAGCACAAAUAUGCAGUCAAACUGUUGAGACUGCAUGUGGGCACACUUGAUGAACAGUGCAGUUUGCCAGAUGAUGAAGCUGAAGCUGAAGCAAGACCCAACAUUUUUGAGGGACAUGUCAAGCUGGGUUCACCACAGCCACCUGUAUCAAUCCAGGACAUCGAGAAUAGUCACAGCCAAGGGAAUCACAUGUUUCGAGGCUUUCAUCGCAAGUUUUCUUAUUUCAUCAAUACUUCAUUGCCUGGGUACAGAUACCAACUGGUGAACUACAAGUCAGUUGUUGACUGGCGACAAACAACCAACUACCUUCGAUGCAACCCACACUUCCAUGGGCACCUGCACUAUGAUUGUGCGCUUAUCCAGCUCACGCAGGACAUAUCUGUUUUCAUUCAGCUCAUUCUAAUGUUCAAAUGUCAACUACCCGAUGUCAGUUCCUUUGAGUUGGCGCUAGUUCAGCCAUUGACUGCUGGCGUCAUUGGGGCUCCUCGCCGGAUAGAUCGUGAUUUCCAGCUCACUCGCAUCAAAGCUGUCCCAAGGGAAAGUUUGAUAUUCAUUCCACUUCGUUCUUUCAUCCACGGUGCUAUGUUAUACCCCGAUCCUACACAUCAAGGUGAAUUCAUUGUCAUCGACCAUAUCGACAGUGAUAUGUUUAUGUGCAUGAAGACGCGGGCACACUAUCAGUAA